UUAAAUUUGUUACCCACUCCACCAAAAAUAUGCCUCUAGUUUGGUGAAUGAUAAAGUUUACAAAAGGAAACCUUGAGGAAGCUUAUCCAUCGUGCCUUUCAUUGUUGGUAGUUUACCUUAAAACAGUGUCGAAUUCAAAGAUUGCACAUAAAAUAAUAAUGAAAUCAAGGGCAGAAUCUCUCGUCUUGUUCUCUCUAUUUUUCAGUUUGAUCGUCAUAAUAGCUCAGGAAUGCGAUUAUAUUUUGUUUGUAGGAGGACAGAAAGUGCCUGCAGUCUUUGUGUUUGGAGACUCCUUUGGAGAUACAGGGAAUAAUGAUUUUAUUAUUUCAACAAGCAAGUCAAAUUAUCCUCCAUAUGGAAGAGAUUUCAUAGAUCGCAUUCCCACAGGAAGGUUCUCCAAUGGAAAGCUCCUGUCUGACUACUUUGCUGAAGGACUUGGAAUUAAGGAAUUGUUGCCCCCAUCUUUGGACCCAAGCCUCAAUGCCCAAGACUUGCUAACUGGUGUCAGCUUUGCAUCUGCUGGUUCAGGCUUAGACAAUCUCACUGACCUAAUAAAUGAGGCGAUACCAUUUUGGAAACAAAUUGAGUGUUUUAAAGAGUAUAAAAGGAAAAUAGUAGGAUUGGUGGGAGAAGAAGAGGCUUCCAACAUAAUCAGUAAGGCAAUCUUUUUCAUUACAAUAGGGUCCAAUGACUGGGGUUACAGCUACUUCCUACUAGUAAUCCCAACUCGCCGACUCGAAUUCACUGUUCAAGAGUAUACAGAUUUCCUCUUGAAUCAAUACACAGUUUAUAUCAAGGAAUUGUAUAAUCUGGGUGUCACUAGAAUUGCUUUGAUUAAUCUUCCACCAUUAGGAUGUGCACCAGUAGAGAGAACCCUUACAAGCCUUCGGAACAGGGGUGCGUGUGAUCAAGAGAUAAACGAGGCUGUAUCUGGAUUCAAUUCAGGAUUAAAUGCCAUGAUUGAUGGACUCAAACCUGCUUUUCCUAGCCUUCAAAUUGCUUCUCUCGAUUAUAACAGUCUGGUUUCCGAGUUCAUUGCAAAUCCUAGAAGAUAUGGUUUCGAGGUGAUUGCAAGAGGUUGCUGUGGGACGGGCACAAUAGAAUAUAACUUCCUGUGCAAUGAAUUGAAUCCCUUUACAUGCCCUGAUGCUUCCACAUAUCUCUUCUUUGAUGCCGUCCACCUUACUCAGAAGGCAUAUCAAUUCAUUUCUAAUGUAUUUCUCACCAGAGAUGUUCCUCAACUUCUCUAAACUAAGGAUUAUAAUUUUAAUUGCAAUUGCAUAUGAUAAGGUUCUCCAUGGAAAUAAUUAGUGUCAUUCAUUUUUAACCAGAGAUGCAUUUGCCUGAAGUUCUUAUUAUUGUUGUAAUAAUUUGGAUUAGUUAAAAAUAAUAAUGCUAUAAAUGGUGUCACAAAGGUUCUCUGUAUGCAUGGAGAUUUAUCACAA